UGUAACUGAAAUUUCGACUUGUGCAGAGUAAAAGGAAUAAAAUUAGUAUUUUAUUUAUCAAUAUGUUAAAAUGCGUAUUAUUUUUCUUAUUUACUAUAAAAUUAGCUUGUUCUGAUGUCCAGGAUAGUAAUGGGUACUUGGCAUACUGUCCUUGUAUGGGCAGGUUUGGUAACCAAGCAGAUCAUUUCCUAGGCGCCCUAGCAUUCAGUAAAGCCCUUAACAGAACAUUGAUUUUACCUCCAUGGGUUGAAUACAGGUACGGAGAGGCGAGGUCUAGGCAAGUUCCUUUUGACACUUAUUUUAAACCUGAAGUUUUAGCCCAGUAUCAUAAGGUGAUAACAAUGGAACAUUUCAUGUCUGAAAUUGCACCAACUAUCUGGCCAAGCAAAAAAAGGGUAGCUUUCUGUUACACUCAACGGCAAGGAGAACAAGAUAAUAGUUGCAAUGCAAAAUCUGGUAACCCGUUUGGCCCAUUCUGGGAUACAUUUAAUAUAGACUUUGCAGCAUCAGAAUUCUAUGGGCCCUUGAAUUAUGAUUCAACCAAUGCUGCUAUGGUUGAAAAAUGGCAGCAGAAAUACCCAGCUUCAAAAUGGCCAGUGUUAGCCUUCACAGGUGCCCCUGCUAGUUUUCCUGUGCAAAGUGAAAAUAUACCUUUGCAUAAGUACAUGCAUUGGAGUGAUGACAUAGCAACAAGAUCAAGGCAGUUCAUAAAGAAAAACAUGAGUGGGGGUGGUUUUCUUGGUAUCCACCUCCGGAACGGCCAGGACUGGGCAAGGGCUUGUCAACAUGUGAAGGACAGCCCUCUAUUAUUUGCUGCUCCUCAGUGUGUGGGCUAUAAAAAUGAAAGAGGGUCUCUGACAGAAUCCAUGUGCCUGCCAUCAAAGUCAGACAUAAUUAAACAAAUAAAGAGAGUACUAAAGAGAUUGAAUGACAUAAAGUAUGUCUUUGUGGCUUCAGAUUCCAAUCCCAUGAUUGAUGAUUUAACAAAUGCCUUGCACAGAUUAGAUGUAUCUAUUGUAAACUUAAAGCCUCCAAAUCCUCACAUGGAUUUGGCAAUUCUUGGGAAAGCUAAUUAUUUCAUUGGGAACUGUGUCUCAUCCUUUACUGCAUUUGCUAAAAGAGAAAGAGAUGUUAUAGGAUUGGGCUCCGAAUUUUGGUCAUUCCCCCACCGCAAGAAACAAAAACAUGAAGAAUUAUAAAAUUAGUAGCUUGGGAUAUCUGAACAGUCAGCAAGACCAAUAUUCAGCCUACAGUUUGUGGGUCACUGGUAAAACUGGCUUCCUGGAUAACAAUAGGUACCUGACUACCUACACAAUAUGAACAUGUUGAUAACCUGCCAUGUUAACAAAGUUCUAGUAUUACAUUUCAAAGUGACCCAGAACUAAGAGCUAAAAAAAAGUAAUAGGAUAAGGAGGCAUAGGGUCUAUGCUAUGCCAUAGACUGCAAACCACAUAGAAGAUAUGUGAGAAAUUUACAUUCUUUGCUUUGAAAGGUGCAUCCAGAUCAAGUGAAUAUGCUACAAAUGUAGAAUGGGUUGAGAGACAUGCAAACGGUAACAGGUUAAUUGCACGCGAAU